AAUUCCAUUUCUAAUGUGUCUCUACAGUGCAUUUCUUGGUCCAAAAGAUCUUUUUCCAUAUAAAGAAUACAAAGACAAGUUUGGAAAAUCCAACAAACGGAAAGGAUUCAAUGAAGGAUUGUGGGAAAUAGAAAAUAACCCCGGAGUAAAGUUCACCGGAUACCAGGCAAUUCAACAACAGAGCUCUUCAGAAACCGAGGGGGAAGGCGGCAACGCCGCCGAUGCGAGCAGCGAGGAAGAAGGGGACAGAGUCGAAGAAGACGGAAAAGGGAAAAGGAAGAAUGAGAAAGCUGGCUCCAAACGGAAAAAGUCCUACACUUCAAAGGUUGUUAUUCGUGUUCUGUGCAUAGUCACUGAAAGUUUUAG